CUCCCGGUCCUCGGGCCGGUCCUCCGGCUGGUGGCAGCGGCAAGCAGGCAGGAUGCAGCAGUGGCCAUGGCUUUGGCCCCGGCUGGGCCUCUUCCUCUCCGUGCAGGUCCCGGCUAUACCCAGCGCUCCAGCCCUGCAGCAGACUCCAGAAUAUGUCAUACUCCUGCCUGAUUCAAAUGUGACAAUCACUUGUGAGAUGAAAUACUCCACAGAGACCAAUACAAUCUACUGGUUCCGCCAAAGCCAGUUUCCCUGCAUGGACGGUCGCAAACAGUUCGUGGCUUCUUAUUCUGGGAUGGGCUCGGUCACCUACGGCAAUGGCUCCGUGCAGGCCAGGGUCACCGUGUCCAAGGAGCAGAGUAGAAACGCUUACACUCUGGAGCUCAAGAACGUGAAGUUCUCGGAUAGCGGCGACUAUUUUUGCUCUGCUAUCCAGGCUCCCGCGCUCAUCUUUGGAAGGGGAACGAACCUGAGAGUGGUUGAUGUCCUUCCCACCACUGUCAACCCUACUAGAAAAGAGGAGAGCCCCAAGAAAAGGUGUAGACAUCCACACAAGAAUACACCUGGACAGAAUGGCCUUUCCUGCAACAAGCGCUUCACGGCUCUGCUGGUUGGAUGCCUCCUGUUCCUGCUGGUUUCUCUGGCCACCACCAUCCACUUGCACCGCUCACAGAGGAGAACCCAGCUUUACUUUGUGAAACAAUUUCAAAGAUAAAAAGAAAACAGCUCCAAUAUCUUUUUGUCUAAUCUCUGCAUCGAGUGUGGUCGUGAGUUAAAAAAUGCGGGAUAUACCAGAAGGUGUCCAUCAAAUGGGAUUUUAUUCAUUCAUUCAUUCAUUCAUUCAAUCAUAUUUAUUGAGCGCUUACUGUGUGCAGAGCACUGUACUAAGCACUUGGAAAGUACAAUCUGGCAAGAUAAUGUAUGUUUAUCAGCAUGUGACUUUGAGCUGGAGCCCAGAGCCUCUUUUUUCCAGAGUUCUGGAGUCAGGGGAGGCCCUCUGUCUGGCUUCUCAUCAUCAUCACCGUCGUCCUCCUCCAUCCUCCUCUUCCUCCUUCAUCCUCCUCUAGCCCUCCCCCAUCAUAAUGAAACCCUGCCUUUACCAUCAAGGGCCGUUGCCACACCUAUUAGAAAUUCUCAUGUUCUUGUUAGAGAGAAAGCUUCUGUGAUAUCUCGAAAAACCAACAUUUUUGACUUGAGGUCAUUUGGCGAUUUGGGGAUGAUAUUAUAGUUGCUACAUUUCCUUUUGUUCAGUGUUUUUGAAAAUUUAAUCUUUCGCUGUGCAUUCCCUCUCCCCACAUUAGAUUGGAAGCUCCUCGAGGGCAGGGAUCAUGUCUUGUUUAUAAUAUAUCCACACUCAACACCUUGCUCUGCCCAGCAUAGAUGCUUAAUAAAUGCCUGAUGGUGAAGUUCAGUCUUGCUUGCUUCCCUUUAAAGAUACAAAUUCCCAAGAGGCCCCGGGACUCUCAAGUGCUAAUGGUGAACUCGAUAGCCAGUUUUCUACUAGCAAAGUACCUGGAUAAUUGACACCAAAAAAAACAUAUUUUGUCCCAAAUGAUCUAGAUAAUGAGUGGAUAAUUUGCUAAAACAGAAGGUUUUAUGGUGUUUGUUAAGCACUUACUAUGUGGCAAGCACUGUAUUAAGUGCUGGAGUACAAAUAAGC